AUGUGGACGUGGUCGCUGUUGCUGUUGACGGCGGCUGUCUGGGGUGCGGCUGGGGAGGUGCUGCUACACUGCGACUGCGCGCUGCGCGGCACCAAGAACCAGCACGUCAGCAUACAGUGCCUCUCACAGCGUGACGUGUGCGCAGUGGCGGCCCGCCGCCUGCUGCCGGGCUACCAGCUGGUCGCGGGUGUCGGCCUGUACCGCGUCUACCGCACGCAGCGAGGCUUCAUCGACGCGGAGAACCGGUGCCUGCGCGACGGCGCCCACCUCGCCGUGCCGGAGACGCCGGCCGAGGCCAGGGCCAUCGCAGACCUGCUGGCCGCGCACCGCCUGCACCACGCCUGGGUCGGCAUCCGGCGGCACGCGCCCUUCAUGUCCAAGUUCACCACCCUGCUGGGCGACGACGUAAAGAAGCUGGCGUUCCACGAGUGGGAGGAGGAGGGCGUGGUGCCGCUGGAGGAUUGCUGCACGCUGAGCGGCCCGCGAGGCGGCCGCGGCGUCGGGCUGUCGGUGUGGCCGUGCUCGCGGCCGCUCACCUUCGUCUGCGAGCAGCCGGCGGGCGCCGCUCUGCCUCGCGGUUACUGGCUGGCCGGCGACGGCAGCGCGCUGCGCCUGCACCCGCUGUCCAAAGACCGCGACGCCGCCGCCGCCGCCUGCCGCGGAGAGGCCGCCCUGCUGGCCGUGCCGCGCACAGACUCACACGCCGAGGAGCUGCUGGCCGCCUUGCACCAGCACAACGUCACCGGGGACGUCUUCGUCGGCAUACACGCCGACGCCGGAAGCGGCUUCCUCACUGAUGAGGGUGAGCCCUUGGAACUGCUGGACUUCAAGAACUGGCUGCCAGGCCACCCGCAGCGUUCACGGGAGACUCGGCGGUGUGUCUGCAUGGAGACCAGGGGCGUCCUCAAGGUCUGCGACUGCGAGCUGCCGCUGCCCUUCUUCUGCGAGAUACACUUCUGA